AUGAUCGGCUCAAAGGUCUCAAACAAAAAGAAAAAUCAGAGAGAAGUCGCAUCUUUUGGGAGCUUUACAAAACGAAGUAAUGGCGGAAGACGCAAUUUUGGGGUUUUUGGAGAAGAAUGAAGAAAUUCCAGAUUCUGGAAAAUUCGCCGAUGAAUUCGGGAUCGAUCACGAUGAAAUUGUUAAUAUCACCAAGAGUCUGCAUGCCUAUGAACUUGUUCUUGCUCAGGAUAUUAAGAAGGAGCGCUGGGUUCUUACUGAUGAAGGAAGACUUUAUGCUACUGCAGGCUCUCCUGAAGUGCAAGUAUACUCAGCUAUACCACCAGAGGGUAUCUCGCCAGAUGAACUUCAGAAAAAGGUGGACCCUUCGGUUUUUAAGAUUGGAUUCUCUCAGGCUAUGAAGAAUAAGUGGGUGGAAAGAGGAAAGCAAUUAGUUUCCAGAAAGGUUGAACAUGUUGAUGACGUGGUCAAGGGGUUGCUUUCAGAUAUACAAGCUGAGAAGAUGGUUGAGCAGGGGGAGAUUGAUGCUCUUAAACGGAGAAAACUUAUUAUCUUACAGACAUGGAAGGGGUACUCAAUCAGAAAGGGCCCAAGUUAUGCCCCGAAAAGAAAAAAGGCAGCAACAGAUCUUACUCGAGAGCAUUUGCAAAGUGGCGCAUGGAAGGAUUUGGAACUCAAAGAAUACAACUUCAAUGCUAAAGGUCUUCCACCUGAAGGUGGUCAUUUGCAUCCGUUACUCAAGGUACGGAAGCAAUUGAAAGAUAUUUUUCUUCAGAUGGGCUUUGAAGAAAUGCCUACAAACAAUUUUGCUGAAAGCAGCUUUUGGAACUUUGACGCAUUGUUCCAGCCACAACAACAUCCAGCUCGUGAUUCACACGACACUUUCUUUUUGAAAGAUCCUUCCACUACAAAAUGUCUGCCUGAAGAUUAUGUUGAGAGGGUAAAGUGUGUUCACGAAUCUGGUGGUUAUGAAUCCAGAGGGUACGGAUAUGACUGGAAACGAGAGGAAGCGAACAAAAAUCUUUUGCGAACUCAUACAACUGCUGUUUCUUCAAGAAUGCUGUAUGCACUUGCACAGAAACCAUUUGCUCCCAAGAAAUACUUCUCAAUAGAUCGUGUGUUCAGAAAUGAAGCAGUCGAUAGGACACAUCUGGCAGAAUUCCAUCAGAUAGAAGGUCUUAUAUGUGAUCGAGGCCUCACCCUUGGGGAUCUUAUCGGCGUCCUGCAUGACUUUUUUUCACGUUUAGGAAUGACGAAACUUCGUUUCAAGCCCGCUUACAACCCUUACACUGAACCUAGUAUGGAAAUAUUCAGUUAUCAUGAAGGCUUUAAAAAGUGGGUCGAGAUAGGGAAUUCUGGCAUGUUCAGGCCGGAGAUGUUGCUUCCCAUGGGGCUUCCAGAUGAUGUCCGUGUGGUUGCAUGGGGUUUGUCCCUUGAGAGGCCUACGAUGAUCUUGUAUGGAAUAGAUAACAUACGGGAUCUGUUCGGACAUAAGGUUGAUCUGGGGCUGAUGAAGAAGAAUCCUAUUUGCAGAAUUGGGCUUGAAUAGGUGUCAGUUUUGAGCCUCAAAUACAAAAUCUGAAAAAUACUUCACUUGAUUGUUUUUAGCAUAACUUCUAGGAGGCUUAAGUUAUAUUUUGUGGCAUUGGUUCCCUUGGGUGAUUAUAAAUUAUCAGUUUCUCGUUUUUAAGUUUUUGCAAUUUGUAGUUUUUAGUAUAUUUCCUCAGUAUCUAUAUUAAAAUACUUCUCAUA